AAACAGCUCCCACAAUUGACAGGGUCGCCCUUUCUUCAGUACAUCACACCCCUUCACCUCACCUCCUCCCCCCCGCCAUGGCGUCUGUCGCAGGCCGCAAAAAAUCAAUCGUCUCUGGCACGGGGCUGCAAAUCGAAACUCCAGUCGCAAAUAAUACCCUUCUCAACCAGGCUGCCAUCACUUCUCUCUACCAAGAAUGUUCUCGCCUCAAAGCCCGUCUAAUGCGUCUUCGUGGUUUCGACUACUAUUUCUCUCUCGUCGCUGCUUCGGAUAGUCGACAGUCGACAGACCCCGUUACCCAAUUAUGGGAUCUUUUCUCUUAUGGCAUUCCCCUUUGCUACAUCUUCGACCUUCUUCCUGAAGACAAGGGUUUCAAUAAAAUCAACAAUUCAGAAUUCGAGCAGGGGGCAUACGAGGUCAAUCCAGAUCGUGUCAAAAAGCGGGCUAUUGCCCUCUUCAGCAUGCAGAUCAAGGACGUCACAGAUCGAAUACCUGAAGUGGAGCAGUUCAUGGUUACAGAUCUGUGGAAUAGAGGUUCGACAGAUGGUUUAGUGAAGGUCAUCAAGACGGUUAAGGCCAUCGUCGAUCAUCUCCCAGAAGAUGCUUGGGAAGACGUCCCCCCAUCGCCCCCAUACUUGUCUUCACAUGACUCACACGACUCUCUCUUCUUGGACGCUUCAUCACCAUCAGUGCCUUCCAACGCCCGGGAGACCGCCAGAAACAACAUAGUUCGAGAGAUUGUCGAGACUGAACGGAAAUAUGUUCAAGAUUUAGAGAUCAUGCAGAAAUAUGCCACUGCGCUCUCCCAGAGCAAUAUCAUCGACCAAGACACAAUACAUUUCCUCUUCCCGAAUCUGAACAAGCUGCUUAAUUUCCAACGUAAAUUCCUUAUUCGCCUUGAGGGGACAGCGGAAUUACCGUGGCAUGAGCAGCGCUGGGGCCAGCAUUUUCUGGAUAGCGAAGAAGACUUCUGCGUUUACGAACCCUAUUGCGCUAAUUACACCGCUGCUUCUGAUCUCAUGCUCACUAAUGAGCAGAGUCUUGCUGCUCUCAAUCACCUGAUCAAUGUCAAGGGCGAACUGCCCGCCUUCCUUAUCAAGCCAAUCCAAAGAGUUUGCAAGUAUCCCCUCCUACUCGAUUCUCUUAUCAAGGCGUCGUCAGAUGACGACUAUCCACAUCUUGCUGAGCUCAAAGCUGGUUCCGAAGCCGCAAAAAGAAUCACAGACAAGAUCAACGAAGCACAGCGGCAGGCCGAAAACGAGUUGACUGUGAAGAACCUCCAAUUACGCGUCGAGGAUUGGAAGGGUCACCAUCUCGAGAAUUUCGGACAACUUCUGCUAGACGACAUCUUCAUCGUUACAAAGUCCGACAUCGACCGAGAGUAUCAUGUUUUCCUAUUCGAGAAGAUCAUACUCUGUUGCAAGGAAGCAUUACCAGUGCCUGCGAACGGUCGCAAGGUUAGCAAGAGCAAUUCUAUUCUCAAGAAACAAUCGACAUCUAUGCCUCUCACCCCCGGUAUACCCGGCCAACCUCAGAAGAAAAACACCCCGCUGUUACUCAAGGGUCGCAUCUUCCUUGGAAAUGUCACUCAGGCCGUGCCAACGCCUUCCCGAAACUCAGCAUUUUCCGGCAUUCCCACACAAUACCCGCUUGCAGUCUGGUGGAAAGGAGAUGACGAUCUUGAGUUUUUCACCCUUCGUUGCAAGCGAGAAGAUCAAAUGCGGCAAUGGGAAUCGACGAUUAACCGAUUGAUCCGGGAGUCUGCACAACGUCGAGCCAGCGAACGAGGUCUUUCUCGGGUCAUUACUAACAGCACGAAUCCCAGACUCGACCGAAACGCCAACCAACCCUAUCCUCUCCCACCUCAAAACAUUACAAAUGUAUACAGCCGUAACCGCGGUGACAGCGUUUACGAAAGGGAGCAACCGCAUAAUGCUGUUCCAUAUGGUGUCGGGCCUCAGGGAUACCCUCCUCACGAUGCUUUCGAGUCGGAAGCAGACGACGAAGAUUAUGAAGAUUAUCCUGCCACCAAUACGUACGCCAGCACCUCAGGACGGGGAACACCUAUGGGAAGUGUGCGAAAAGGAAUACCCGGGCUACCUGCUGAAAGGACGUAUUCGGAGACGAUGCUUGACGGUCCAUACAACAUCAGAUCUGGGAUGCCACCACCUCCACCACCCUUAAACAUCAGACCGGUAACCCCUCGCCUCAACUCCAACAUUAGCAACAUGAGCGCCAAUAGCGACUCGAGUUUCGGCAACAGCACACGCCAACGGUCACAACCUCCUCCAUUGCGUAGCCAAUUUAGCUCUAACAAGUUGAGAACGACUGGCGAGAGUGGAGAUUAUAGGAAUGGAAUCCCGCCUACACCUGCACCGGUGAACCGCUCAAGGAGUGCCAGUCAACCGUCAGCAUACAUUCCGAAGAGUGCUCCACCACCUCUGCCUACUACUCAGUGGGAUCCACGAUCGAACCCUUUAGUUAGCAGUAGUAAACGAGGAAGUGGAUCGAGUCAGUCCACGGGUGACAGCUCUGACUAUUCGCCCAACUCGUCAUCUCCUAUUACGCCUUAUGGUUCUAGCGAAUCUUCGCUCGCUCUUCGGCCUUCACGGUCACUGGUUUUCGAAGGUGGCGUUGGCCGAUCGCAACCUGUGAAAGUGAAAGUUCAUUUCCAUGAGGACAUCUUCGUGAUACAGGUGCCUAUCGUAACGGAGUACGACGACCUAGUUGAGAAAGUGGGUCGCAAGAUUCGACUCUGCGGACCACGUCGUGAAGACGGUCCAUUGCGCAUCAAGUACAAGGACGAAGAAGGCGAUAUGGUUUCUUUAGGAUCGACAGAAGAUGUUCAAAUGGCUUUUGAACAGUAUAGACCCGGAGGACAAGUCAUUCUCUACGUGACGUAGCCGCUCUCUUUCGCGUCGCUCUGAUUCUUCUUCUGGUGGAUUAAUUCGGGUUUACUUUGGUCUCCUGCGCAUGAUUAUGUUCCAUAUUCCACCCAUUCACAAUCUUUCCCUCAUCCUCGGCGACCCCCUCAUCCCUUCUAUGCCCCCUCGCGAUUACCAUAGACUUUCUUGACUCUCACAUUCGUUAUCUUCACUUUCCAUUUGUACCAUUCGCUUCGGUCAUUUUCAUAUGCAUCAACUACAUUCCUUCAUGUCUGUUUCCUCUACAUUCUAACACACAUUCGUUUUCUCUCCUCCAUCGUCUAUUUCUAUGACUAUAACCCCCCUUCCAUUGCAUCAAUUCCUCGCCCUUCCCAAUACUCUUCACCCAAGGGGGGAGACUUAAUACCUUUUUCGCGUAUUAUAUCUCUGCUAUCUAAACUGUUCUUAUCGUUUUUGCCUCUCUUUGUUUCGUCCCGCCUUGUUAUCCUCUGUUCUCUCCUCGGAUUUUGUGGUGACAAGCCCUGGGAAAGGCCUGUCUUUUUCUGGAUUAUCUUUCUUUUCUAUUCAUGUAUUUUAUUAGACGCAAUGCUCAAGCACUCAAUACGAACCUGACCUCCGAUGAGAUAACAAAUAGGGAGACCGGGACGUACAUGAGUAGAUACAUGCCUACAAUACGGACAUCAGAUCUCCGAAUGACCCCAUAACUGUUCCGCCAGAAACUUCGAGAAGACCAAUCCCGGGGUAGUUAAUGCAUAUUAUUAUAUUAGGGAAUUCCAU